AGAGAGAGAGAGAGAGAGAGAGAGAGAGAGAGAGAGAGAGAGAGAGAGAGAGAGAGAGAGAGAGAGAGAGAGAGAGAGAGAGGGAGGGAGAGAGCUGUAAGUGCCCCUGCGGUCCCUCUCCUACCUGACUCAACUGAGUCAAACUAGAUCACUUCUCCAAUUGUGUCUGUGGGCGCCUGCGUUUCCUGUGCUGGAUCGUGGUGGGGGGGGCCGGCAGCGCGCGGCCACAACGAGGACAGAGAGAGCCGCGAGGAGACUCUCUGCCCGGGAGCUCUGAGACAUGUUAGACUGUGCCACUCCAGCAGCAGCCCAGAGCAUGGAGAAGUCCAGCAGUGAAGAGUCAGCCAUUCACCGCAGCCCGUCCUUAGACAGCCACGACUCCGACUUCGCCGAGCCCACGUCUGGCCGGCCGUUCGGCGGCCGAGGCUUCACGGCCGGCGCGUUCUACGGCUCCACGGGGCCACGCGCCCAGGGCCAGCCGGGCACGGCGGCCGGCGACGCCACCGCCGGAGGCGACAAGGGCGGCAGUAAGCACGGCGGCCCCAAGAGCAGCAAAUACGUGGUCUUUUACCUGGAUCUAUCCUUUGUGUUCCUUCUAGAAUUCAAGAAGUGCAACAUGGCUCGGGGCUGCCUCUGCUGUCUCAAGUACAUGAUGUUCCUCUUCAACCUCAUCUUCUGGCUGUGCGGCUGCGGGCUGCUGGGCGUGGGCAUAUGGCUGUCUGUGUCCCAGGGCAGCUUCGCCACCUUCUCCCCCUCAUUUCCCUCGCUCUCCGCCGCCAACAUGGUGAUUGCCCUCGGCGCCAUCGUCAUGGUGACAGGCUUCCUGGGUUGCCUGGGCGCCAUCAAGGAGAACAAGUGCCUGCUUCUGAGCUUUUUCAUCGUCCUGUUGAUCAUCCUGUUGGCAGAGCUGAUACUUCUCAUCCUGUUCUUCGUCUACUCAGAUAAGGUCAGUGAGAACGCUAAGCAGGACUUGAAGGAUGGGCUGGCUCUGUACAACACAGACAACAAUGUUGGCCUGAGGAAUGCCUGGAACAUCAUCCAGGCUGAGUGGAAGUGCUGCGGGGUCAUAGGGUUCACUGACUGGCAUGAGGCCCUGAAGGAGAAGGUGGUUCCUGACCGCUGCUGCCAAGAACACUACCAGGAGUGUGGACGCAACUCCACCAACAUGUUCUGGAAUAGGGGCUGCUAUGAGAAGGUGGAGGAGUGGCUGGAUGACAACAAGCACCUUCUGGGAACCAUUGGCAUGUGCAUCCUGGUAGUGCAGCUCCUGGGAAUGGCCUUCUCCAUGACGCUGUUCCAUCAGAUCCACAGAACGGGGAAGAAGUAUGAUGCUUAGCGGUGAAUGGUCACACGCACACAAACACGCGCGCCCACACACACACACACACACAUGAAGAAGAGGAGCCCCACUGCCCCAUGGGAUAAACUCUGGAUGACAGCCCCUGCUUUCCUCCCCUUGUAACCCCCUACCAGCCUCCCUGUUGUCCCUGUACAGACACCAGCCUCGCCCCCCUCUCCCCUGCCCUCUCCGUUCACCUCUCAUUUGCCAAAGACAACCAGGAACUGGAAAAUGAGGGGCUUCUACCAAAGGCAGGAAGAUUCUCCUCUCUACGUCAUCUCUGUGUUUUGGCUUGAACUAACCGUUUUCAGAAAGGAAGGAUUGUGAUGAGCCUGGAGUCUUUACUAAUGCCACCCCGCGCCCCCUCCUUCCCCCCCUCUCCCCCAAGACCUCCCCUCAGCUGUGAGGCAAUGAGAAGAUUGGACUCCUACCACCCUACAGAUGUAAUGCAGGCUCGGUCAUGUUUCAUACUAACAUUAACUUCCUGUUCCCCUUCUCCUUGAUGAAAGGAUUCACCAUAGCAUGCUAGUGUUCUGCUCUUUGAAAUGACUUUUGUUUUGGGAUGCCAUAUCAUUCUUCUUUUGUUCCAGUUUUCUUUUCUAAAUGUUGGUGUUGUUGUAUCCCGUGGAAUGGACAUGUUGAUGAGUUGAUUCUUGUUCCUGAUCCUUGGAGAGGGGACAGGAAAUAGCACAGGUGUGUGUGUGUGUGUUUACGGUGGAGUCAACCACAAUGAAAGAAAAAAGGUUUCAUAUCCACACACAAACACACUCACACACACGCACACACAGACAGACACAAACCCAUACUAACUUGCAAACAGUAGUCUUAUCAUUAUCACCUACCAUGUCAACUGCUAGUUUGGUUCCCUCCCAAGAUUUGUGAAUGGUACACAAGAAAGGAAGACUGGAGCGUUUAGCUGGUUCCCAUCAGGCUGGGAUUCUAACAGCUCCCCCAGCUCUCAGAGGAGAGAGGAGGAGAGGGAGGGGUGGAGUAUUGGAGUGUUUUAGAUCACACUUUAGCUGAGCAGACAUGUUAGCCCACAGAGAGAGAGAGAGAAAGAGGAACUGGAGAGGAAGACGGAGUUCGAGAAGAGAAGAGAGAGAGGGGAAAGACGCGGUAUGUCUCAGAUGUCAGGGGGCUCCAUUGAUCGCGGGAGAUGGAUGUUUCACAUCCAGAGAGAUUUAUUUAGAUCCCCUUUCCCCUCUUAUGCAUUUUUCCUCUUUUUUGGGGGGCAAACACUGCUCACAGUUGUCAUCUCACUGACAUUCCUGUUUGACUACAGACAGGCUGUAGCUCUAGUCUAGUCUAGCUCUAGGAUGUUGCUCCUGGAAAGGGACGGGUAGAGGUGGCGGAGAGCUUGACAAACGGAGGGUUGUGGGAGGGGGGAGCAAAGGCAAAGCCCAAUCCCAGGCAGGGAGUGGAACAUACGUUACAUCACAGCUGUAUUUACCCGCUCUGUUUUGAAUCCGCCCCGUAGAAUACAAGACGUCUGAUUCUCUUUAAGCAGUAAUGGCACAGGAGGCUGGAAUCUGGAGAGAUGAGUGCUGAGGCAGUUUGCAUUCAAACAGUGUGACUGUGUGUGUGACUGUGUGUAGGUGUGUGUGUGUGUGUGUGUGUGUUACCAUCAAAAAGAGAGGAGGCAAGCUGAACUAGAGUUUUGGUUAUUCAUGAUCAUACAGAAAUGAAAGAGUUGAAUUGUAAUGGGGACCAGAGGUGUGCGAGUUCUACAAGUCCUUCUGGAAAGCAGGGAGAAUGCAGACAGGAUGAGAGCUCUUGACACUGCAGUGCUGCUACAUUAGAAGUGAGGUGCGGAGGAGGCCGAGAGCCAUGUUGCUUCAGAACACUUGGGAGUCCUACACAUCAGAAUGCGGCGGUGAACAUCUACAUUUUUAGUCGGAUUGUUUCCGCAAAGAAGGGAAGUACGACCAAAGGCUGUAAUCAUCUGCCUGCCUGCCUGCCUGUGAUUCACUAUGCCCCACUGUUCACACACAGACACACACACACACACACACACAGGUGAACAUGACAGUUGUUGAUGUAAAGUACAGGCAUGAGUGGUCAGAUUCCCUCUGGGCCUGACUGCCGGGUUGCCUGUACAAACACUAGCACCAGGCAACAUGGAGAAAUCCCUUGUAUUUGUGUGUUCAUGGAUUGCACAUGUACACAUUCUCGUUUCCCUUAUCCUCCCUGGAGCUUUGCAGGUUAGAUGUGAAGGAAGGGGUAGUUCCACCACUCCCAUAGACAUGACUGUACAUGAGAUCACACACUUACAUACACAGGAAGGAGUUCUGUGGAGGAAGGAGAACACUUGUGUUUUGAAAGUCUGAUGCGAGAUGGUUUGAAGUUGUCUCCUGAUGCACAAUGGGAUGAAAGCAGAGCCUCACUGUGUUAUAGUCUUCAGCGAGAUGAUACAAAAAAUAAAAUAAAAAAUUGAAGGGGGGGGGGGGGGGGGAAGCUUUUACAAUAUUGAUACAUCAGACUUCAGGGUUCUUUUGAUCCAAAACGGAAUCUGUCCUUCCUACAGCUGACACUGUCCUCUCUGAACCGACGAGUGAGAACAUUGUUCUGUUCUUCAGAAGGAAUCCAGUAGUCUUUUUCUCUCUUGCUCUCCCAUUGAUGUGUUUUUAUCAAAGGCAUCCAUGUUGUUUUUUCGUGUAUAGCAGGGCCACGGCCUGUCACUUUAACUGAAGUGUUUUAAUGUUGUUGUUCAUUUUGUACAUUUUGUUGUCAUUGUUUUGUCUGUUUUUAUACAAUAUGCAGUUUAUCAUGUUUUUUCUCCCAUUUAUUCAUUUUGUGACUGAAGUUGAAGUCUGCAGCUCCUUUUGAGAUCAAUAUCAUGAACGUGUUUGUUUGGGAUUAUUAGACAUGCAGAUACAGAGGUGAUGUCACAGAGAAACUUUGAGUUGGAAUCUCUCCUGUUUCAUUUCCUGUUCCAUGUGCAAGCACCUUUCUGUCUUAAUGUCGCCCCAGGUGUCUAAAGUCCCAUUUGGAUUGAGACAACAGAAAACUGAGCAGGGUUGAAGAACACCAAGACAGCUGACAGAUUUUUUUUGUGUUGCUUCCAUAUGAACCCAUUGUGUACAUUAAGAUGUGCUCUGACUGCAGUGUCUCUGCUGCUGGUGCAAAAGCACAUCCUGUCCUCUGUAUACGCAGUCAGGUUAUACUGAAGGACAUUCUAACACAGUGGUGUCCAUCCCAUACUUGCCAGCCCAGGAUGUAAAUAUACACAUUUACAACUGACAUGUUCUGCAGUUGUACACAUGCCAGAGGACACCAUAUUGUCAUUUAUGUAUGUGUACCGACUGGAAUUCUCUGCCCAUGAAUGGAGUUCAGUAUCAAAGCAGGGUUUCAUGUCACUUUGCUAAAAAAAAGUGACAUGCUGUACAGCUCUGGAAGUCAUUUCUAAGACCUGGAUGUGACUUGUGGCUCUAGUAAUAUGUGUUGUUAUUUUAUUCAUCCUCUUUUUCUUUUCCUUUUGAUAGAGUUGUUUGCAUUUGUACUUUUGAAUUCAAGAGCAGUGUAAUUAUUAAUAAUUGUCAAUGUGUUUUUUGUUAGUACUGUACUCACACUUUUAACUGACAAUGUUGCAGCUUGUAAGACAUACAUUUGAUACAGUUCCAUGGAGUGUGAAUGAGCGUACACAUUGUCCGGCUCAGACAUUAACGUACUGCCAGAAGAAAAUGGAGGGGGUGGGGUAUGUUCGCUGUGAGGAGGAUCUGGAAAGUUGCAGCUCAUUUCUACCACCUUUGACAUGAUAUUUUUUUAUAAUCUCCUAAUCCUUGAGCUGUGGAAACGUUCUCUCUGAAUGGUGUGUUUGCUGUUAUGUCAUGGCGGGUGGCAGAGUUUAUCUCCCACUGGCCAGCCUUGUCCUGUGGAGUUUUUUGCUACAUGUACAAGCACUCUGAAUAUCUAUAUUAGGUGGUGCACUACAUUUCAUUCUUUAAAAUCCUACUAUUUUUUAAAUAAAGGAAAGUGUGUCACAAAGCCA